AUGCGUAAGCCUUCCAAAGGCGAGGAUUUCGAAAUGGAACCCGAGGAUAUACUUCUUGAAGAUGAGCGUAUUCAACGGCCAAUUCCGAAGAAGCUUCGCCAGUCCAAAGGAGGCGAGGAAGCGCCAGCCUCCGGCUCGGAUCCGACGGAACUUCUCGAAUCGUCGGGAUACGCAGCACCGGCGCCUCAUUACGUCACGGAGUUUGGGAUGGACUAUCCACUCUCGUCACACAUAAACAAUAACACGUAA